AUGGGCCUCUGGCUUUGGUCACUUUACUUCCUGCCACUAUCGGGGGCUCUGAAGAUCCUCCCAGAAGUCCAUGUGGAGGGGGAGCCGGGCGGAUCCGUUAUCAUCGAGUGCCCACUUCCUAAAACGAAAGCGAGGAUAUAUCUGUGCCGGGAGACAAGCAGUUCUGGAAUAUGUGCUACUGUGGUGUCCAGCACCAACUUCAUCAAGAAGGAAUACACGGGCCGAGUCACUCUGCAGCUGUGCCCGGACAAGGAUCUGUUCCUAGUGGAGGUGACAGAGCUGACCGAAAGUGACAGCGGAGCCUAUGCCUGUGGCGCGGGCACAAACACAGACAAGGGGAGGACCCAGAAAGUCACCCUGAACGUCCACAGCGAGUAUGAGCCAUUCUGGGAAGAGGAGCUGAUGCCUGAGCCUCCAAAAUGGUUUCAUAAAUUUCUGCAUCUGCACAUGCCCCCUUGGUUCCAGGCGCCUACACGCACCAGUUCGUCCAAAUUCAUAUCCAAAGUUACCACACAGGCUCAAAGGACUGAGGCCCCUCCAGCCCACCACCCCUCCCCCACCACCUUAAUCAUCCACCACCCUCGAGUUUCCAGAGCAUCUUCCGUAGCAGCUACCAAGCCCCCAACCCUCCCACCAUCCACCACAGCCUCAAAGAUCUCAGCUCGGGAGAGGCUGCUCGGGCCGCAGACCGCCAGCUACAACCACCACACCAGGCUGCACAGACAGAGAGCACCCAACCGUGGCUCACAGGCUGGGAGGGAAGGCCCAGGAUUCCACAUCCUGAUCCCGACCACCCUGGGCCUUUUCCUGCUGGUCCUUCUGGGGCUGUUGGUGAAAAGGGCCGUUCAGAGGAGGAAAGCCCUUUCCAGGCGAGUCCGCCGACUGGCCCUGCGGAUGCGCGCCCUGGAGGCCUCGCAGCGGCCCCUGGCGCAGCGGCCCGGCACGUCACGGCGGCUGCGCUCCCAGAGCAACGUCUACAGCGCCUGCCCGCGGCGCGCUCGGCCGGCGGACGCGGCGGGCGACGGGGAGGCCCCGGUCCCAGGCCCCGGAACCUCGGCGCCCUCCGCGCCGCCGCAGGAGUCUGAAGCUCCCUGGCUCCACGCCUCGUCUUUGAAGACCAGCUGUGAAUAUGUGAGUUUCUACCACCGGCCUAAUGCCAAGAUGGAGGACACUGAUUCAGAUGACUACAUCAAUGUUCCUGCCUUACUCACCUCCCCGGAUGUGCCCCCGGGCCUGGACAGUGAUGCCAAUGAGUCUUCUCUCUCUGCCAAUUUCCAAUGCCCGCUCCAUUCGUCCUCAGAGCCCUCAUCACCUCCCAUGCCCCAUCUCAACUCUCACCUCCAUGUUUCUGUGCCCUGA